AGAGGUAUCUGGCCAAGUUUGGGCAAGCAGACAACAUGUCCACACGUUACCACCAAGCUGCUAGUGAUGGCUACCUCGAGCUUCUCAAAGAGGCAACCAAGCGCGAUCUGAACCUCUGUGAUGAAGAUGGCAUGACACCCACACUUCUGGCUGCCUACCAUGGGAACAUGGAAGCUCUGGAAGUGAUCUGCAGCCGGGGGGGUGAUGCUGACAGAUGUGACAUCUGGGGAAACACUCCUUUACAUUACGCAGCAUCCAAUGGCCACGCGCACUGUGUCUCCUUCCUGAUCAACUUUGGAGCCAACAUCUUUGCCCUGGAUAAUGACUUGCAGUCUCCACUGGAGGCCGCAGCGAGCAGGGAGCAGAGCGAAUGUGUUGCUCUGCUGGAUAAAGCUGCCACUGCCCAGAACAUCAUGAACCCCAAGAGAGUUGCCAGGCUGAAGGAGCAGGCCCAGAAGAAUGUCAGGAGGCAGAUCAGAGAGUGUGAGAGACUCCAGGAGAAACACCAGCAUAAGAUGACCCGCAGCCACAGCAAGGAGGACGCCGUGACCUCUCCCACAGGCCCGGUCUCCAGGCCAGUCACUUCCCAUGCUUCUGCGACAGGGGCGUUCGGAUCCCUGUCUAAGGGCAUCAAAGACACUUUCAAGUUAAAAUUCAAGAAGAGCAAAGACACCGCAGAGCAGGUGGGCAGGGGAGACCGAGGAGGGCAGAGGAAUGUGAUGGAAGUGUUCCAAGAGGAGGAGGAAGACCCUGUCGCUGGCGACUUCAGAGAGAAACUCCAGUUCUCAACAGAAGACGAUGGCAAAGCUCAACACGAGUCCAUCCUGAACCGUCCAGGCCUGGGCAACAUUGUGUUUAAAAGAAACAGCGGCUUGAGCCCUGAAGACAUCGACGACAGCAAGAGAGAGCUAGGUUUUAAAAUGUCCAGCGAAUUGUUCCAAAGACAUGGAGCAGUGGAGGCUGAGGAAGCUGAGGGCGAUGAUGAUGAGGGAGAGGAAAAUGGCCUGGAGGAUGACUUGCCAUGGGGUGAGGACGAAGUGGAGUGGGAAGAAGAUGUGGCGGACGCCACUCCCUUGGAAGUAUUCUUACAGUCUCAGCACUUGGAAGACUUCCUUCCCAUUUUCUUGAGAGAACAGAUUGAUCUAGAAGCUCUGCUGCUCUGCUCCGAUGAGGACCUUCAGAACAUACAAAUGCAGCUGGGGCCCAGAAAGAAAGUUCUUCAGGCGAUCAACAGGAGGAAGCAAAUACUACAACAGCCUGCACAUCUGACUGAUACCAGCCUCUGAUGGGGGGCUGGGGGUCAGUGGGGUGAGCCUGCAGCAUGCGGGUGAAUACUGUGGCUUACCAGAAACACUCCAGGUGAUGUCCCCUUUCAGAACACCAGGAAGACUGAAGUAGACGUCCCUCCCCCACCUCUACUCCUUCAAGAAAAUGACCCAGGCCUGAUGCUGGUGGCUCAUGCCUAUUACCCUAGCAACUCAAGAGGCUGAGAUCUGAAGACCGAG